UAGCUAUCCCAGUCAUUCUUGAUCAACGAUACGAUCGUUGGAUUCGACUCAAUUCAUAGUCUUAGGAGACUCUGCCCAUCUUGAGCUCGUUCCGCUGCGAUGGACGGGUCCCUUACACAUCAGGCUCUCCGUUCUAUCUCCAAAGAUGUGAUCAGAAUCACCCGGGCUCCUCCUGAAGACGUCAGGAUUCGGGUUCAGGAAGGGAAUAUAGGGGCUGAAGGAGGGGUUAUCGGAAUCGUCAGGGGUCCAGAAGGAACGCCGUACGCAGGUGGAUAUUUCAACGUCUCCUUCUCUUUCGCUGGGAUCGACUAUCCGAAUCAUCCUCCCAAGUGUACGAUGGUGACCAAGAUCUUUCACCCGAACAUCUCGAAAUCCGGCGAGAUAUGCGUCGAUACUCUGAAAAAGGCAUGGACGAGGAACUUGGGCAUCUCGGACGUCUUGGUUACGGUUAAAUGUCUCUUGAUCCACCCCAAUCCUGAAUCCGCUUUGGACGAAGAGGCCGGGAAACAGUUGUUGGAGGAUUAUGAGGGGUAUGCCAAGAUGGCGAGGAUGAUGACCAGGAUUCAUGCGGUACCUAGGAAUCCUCCUUCGGAAUUUGGCAAUUCCACUUCAAACGCAUCGAGAGGACAGGCAACGACAACUCCUGCACUGACAGCACCGGCUCCGACAGCUCCUCUACAGGAAACUCAUGCGGCGGCACAGAUACCCAAUACCACCGUCGCGCCGACCGUCGCCCAGACCAAGCCGAACCUCGAAGCGAGCGUAAUACCAACCAAUUAUACCCGGACGCAGGAGACGCCCAAACCCAAGGCACCUGUCAGAGCCCCACCCAGGAGAGGCCUUAAGAGGCUUUAGAGAUCCACGAUACCUCGAUUCAUACCACCGCACCGGCCGCCUUUCCCAAGUGGGGAUCGCUCUUCGCCGUAGAAGCGUGAAGUCUCCCAACAUUCAGACCGGGAGCCCACAUCACGCUGCUCUCCUUUUAACGAUAUUGUAUCCAUAAUACAUACGCGAGCGGGGACGUCGCAGGCACGUCGAGCCCUCUUGUUCGUUUCUAUCACAUUGUCUUAGUCUG